UUUCACGAACUAACACAUGCUGGGAGCUAAACGUCAAAACUGAAUAUCGAUAUUAAACUUGCGAAUAAAAUAUAUGAUAUUUUUGGAGUUACGUGUAUUCCAAAGAGAUAUAGAUUUGUUUUUAUGUUUUCAAAAAUUGGAUGUUUACCUAUAAAUUGUAUGUGACUGCGAAAAGUGUAAAAAUAUAAUUUUUGAAACUUAUAUUAUCGCUUUAUCAUAAUUGUUGAGAAUGUGUAAUUUUUAUAUAUGCUAUAAAAAUAUAAACAUUGCAAUGACAAGAACGACUAACUACAUGCAAUAUAUUUGAUGACAUAAUGUAGGCUAGCAUAUGAGUGAAAAAAAUUAACCUUUAUGGCAUGAAAAGAAAUAAAAAGCUCGUUGUCAUGCAGAAAUCAAGACCUGCGAUAUCAAGAGUUUUAAGCAUUGUACGUCGAAAGGACACGAAGAGUGAGGAAUUGUCUGGUGGUUCCGAUUCGCCAUCUACCCUUGACCCAGUACAAGAUAUCAGUGCAGCAUAUAGGCGACAACAACCAGAGUUUACUAUAUUACAUUACAGUCCAUUUAAAGCAGUUUGGGACUGGGUAGUGUUGAUACUUGUCCUCUAUACAGCUGUAUUCACGCCGUAUCAGACUGCCUUUCUACUAAACGAGGAGGAUGCCACAAUGAAACGUAAUCGAGAUGCUGUCACGAGAACAGAGAGUCCGGAAUCUUCUACAGCCAAUCCUCUUGUGAUCAUUGACCUCAUUGUUGACCUUAUGUUUAUUGCGGACAUUCUAAUCAAUUUUCGGACCACAUAUCUCCAUAAUGGCGAAGUGGUUACCAACCAGAAGAAAAUAGCAAUUAAUUACGUGAAAGGGUGGUUUGUCAUUGAUACAAUAGCGGCGGUACCCUUUGAUCUUCUUUUAUUUGGAUCUGGAACAAGUGACACGAUGACUAUUGCGGGUAUUUUGAAAACUGCCAGAUUACUACGCCUACUGAGAGUGAUAAGGCGUAUAGAACAGUUUGCUGAAUACGGAGCUGCCGUACUACUUUUACUGAUGGUGACAUUCUCCCUCGUGGGACAUUGGCUCGCUUGCGUUUUCUAUGCUAUAGCAUAUUGGGAACGGCCUCAUCUCGAUAAUGCCAUUGGAUGGUUAGACACUUUAGCUAACAGUAUUAAUGAACCAUACGUUGCCAACGUCACGGACAGUGGUCCAAGUAUUAAAACGUAUUACAUAACAGCGUUAUAUUUCACAUUUACGUCACUGACGUCAAUCGGUUUUGGAAACGUAUCACCUAACACAAAUGCUGAGAAAAUAUUUUCAAUAUUUGCCAUGAUGCUUGGAUCAUUACUAAGUGCGGCAAUAUUUGGGAACGUUUCUUCUAUCAUGAUGCGCGUUUAUCAGGGAACGGACGAGUAUCACGAGAAAAUGCAGAGUAUAAAAGAAUUCAUUAACUUUCAUCAUCUACCAAAGAAUCUAGCAAAUCGCCUUCAAGAGUCAUUUCAACACACCUGGGCAUACACAAAUGGAAUUGACAUGAACACGGUUUUGAAAAGUUUUCCGGAGUGCCUACAAGCAGAUAUAUGCCUUCACCUUAAUAGAAACCUGCUGAAUAAUUGUCCAGCCUUCCUAAAGGCAUCUACUGGAUGUCUUCGUGCCUUAUCUCUGCAGUUUAAAACAACUCACGCGCCCCCUGGCGAUACAUUAAUACAUCCGGGCGAUAUUCUUACAGCUCUGUAUUUCAUCGCACGCGGCUCCUUGGAGAUUGUGACAGAGGAUAACGUCAUGGCUAUAUUAGGGAAAGAUGACAUAUUCGGCGGCGACCUGAAUGACCUGGAAUGCUCGGGUAAAUCGUUCUACUUUGUCCGUGCUCUUAGUUACUGUGAUAUAAACAAGAUCGAGCUUCACGUGCUUAAAGAAACUUUAACAAGCUACCCGGAAUUUGAAAAGGAGUUUAUGGAUAAGAUACAGGUUACCUUUAACCUAAAACGGGGCACAUUGGUUGAAACCAGGAAGAAAUCAAAGAUUGAUGAUGAGACGUUAAGAUUUAUACGUCAGAAAAGACCGCACAUGCAAUCAAAGGGACGAAAAGCCGAAAACGAGGUGCGGACCGGGCGUUCUGCCUGGCGAAGACGUAUGACGGGGGCGGGACCACAAAUGGGUGAGGAAGAACCGACAUCAAAAGCGUUUGAGAUAUCUCCUCAACAAGCUUACAGUGAUAUUAAUACAGCAUUUAAAGACAGAUCUUUAAAAAAAUCAAGUUCAAGGAAACGAACUUCCGUCAAAGCGUCCGAGCAAUCACCGGGACAUAGCCGGACCACAUCUGCUGAUACAACCAGUACUUCAAUGCCCAUGACCGCAUCGGUUGGUACAAACAGAUUUUCAUGGGACACAUCUGAUGGGACAGCACCGUCUAGCAGUCGGCCACAGUCCUGGGACACAAGUGAUACGGCGCCACCAGGGGGCGCGCGAAAUAUCUCACAGUCCAAUCUCGAAGAUAUUGAUAACAAGCUCAACCAGUUAGCAAAUCGCAUGCAAAACUUCGAAAACCAACUCUGUGAUACAGUAGACAAUAUACUGCUUUUGCUGGGACACAAGCCUAGCAUGCCAAGAGAAAAAGCGCCAGAUCAGGUUCGACAGCCUGUAGUACAGUCAACAAGACGUGGUCCACGGCUUGUUAAGUCUCCAAAUGAUCUCGCUAAGCUACUUGAAAAAAUGUGAUCCUUUAAAGAGUUAUAAACAAACUAUUGCUCAUUAAUUACUUACAAAGACAUAAUUUUCAAAAUAUUAUCUACUUAAAAAAACUUUCAGAAUCCAUUUAAACGCCAAUUCCGUUAAUUAUUAUAAAAAAAUGGAUUUAUUUCAGUUGAAACUUUCAACUGUCUUUUUUAAAUUAAAAAAAAGACAACAUUCAUAUCGCAAAAACAUUUCCUCGUCAAGUUUGAAGAAGUAUUUCAUUUCGAAUUAAAGUGACAUUAUGCUCGUUUUGUAAAUUUGCAAGUUGUGCUGACUUGACAAUAUAUUUCAAAAGAUUGUCUGUUAUAGUGGAGGCUGACCAACAGUUGAUAUUGAAGAACGUUUAGGAUGAAAUAUAAAUAUGCCUUAAAUAUACAAAAAAGAUUGCCCCACUGUUUUUUAUCAAUCGAAACGUUUCAGGAAAAUGCGGAUGGAUAUUUAUAGAAAUUUCUUUAAGAUUGAAAGGAAUUAUGGCAAAAUAUAAAUUUAUCUUGUUUUUCACAUAUUUACUCACAAUCUAUCAUUUGAUGGGCAUACUGUCACUUAGAAGCAUUUCAAAUACAUGCACGAUUGUUUGGUUUAAGAACAGAUAACACUAUGUUUAUUAAUUGGGUUGCAAACAAAAAAAGAAGAAGAAAAAAACAGUUAAAAUCAUUCGUACCAUAUACGUUUUGUAAUGGCACUGGUUAAUACAAUACAUUUGAAUCAUGGUUAAAUGAUAAGAAAGUAGACCAACCCAUCAUUACAUACCGUUGCAAUGUACACGUACACUUUCUAUAUUGUAUUAACACCCUCUGUUGGUAAGUGUACAGGUAUAAUUUGCAUAUUGCAGUAUUAUAAACCAAAACAUGCUUGCUGUAUGGCAAUUUAUAAAUUGCUGAAAUUCGAAAUUUACUCUAACAUUUAUAUCAUUGAACCCCCAUUGUGUUUGAUAUGUAAUGGCGCAUAUGUCCUUUCAGAGUAUUAUUAUUAUAUUUAGAGAUGUAUAAAGAGAAGAUACCAAAAUGUCUCAGCUUUUGAUAUAAUAUUUGAAAUGUAAUUGAUGAUAAUAAUAAUAAAUUUAUACAACAUA